AUGUGGUGCUUCUGUCGUGUGCUGUUUAUAUUAUUAUUUCAAUAUUCUAGAAGGAGUAAUUGUAAUUUCUGCGCUGCGCGUCACUUUCCGUUAGAAUGUUCGUUGAUUAAAUCACAACAAUUAUUCAACGGCUGGUAUUAUAAACUAACCGGUUCCAGUAGCUUAAAAAUAUCCUUCACUCCGCUUUACACACAAGAUGCUAGGGUUCCG